AUGGGGAGCUCACAGCAAGCUGGAUGGUGGAAGAAACCCACAUCGCCCACAAACACAAGAGCUACUUUGGAAGUUGUCAGGAAGAUCACGUACACCCUUGUUCUGCUCGCCAUCACUGCGGUCACAGGAGCUACAGGGAACAACAGCGUGUCAGUGACAGUAGGCAACAGCUCUGUGCUCACCUGCCCUUCCAAACCAAGUGUAAUGAUGGUAACGUGGAAAAUAAGCCCCAAGGUUGGAGGCCGCUGCACCUUGGGGUACAGGGCUGAUACGAACGAGACCAACAGAACAAACUGCAGUGACAGCAUGAACUGGAAACUCACACCAGAGCGCGAUCCUGCCCUUGAGAUACGGCAAGUGGGAAUAGCCCAUGAAGGAAAUUACACCUGUGAAGUAGUAGCAACAGAAGGGAACUUCCACAAGACGUACAACCUGAUCGUGCUAGCUCCAAGUAAGCUGAUACGUCACUGCGACUUACAUUCACGGCCUGUGUGCGAGCCAUUGGCGGGGAAGCCGGCUGCUCAGGUCUUGUGGGUCCUAGAGAACAACUCCACCCCCAAGGAAGAAGUCCAUGACAACGGGACAGUGACUGUUCUCAGCAAGUUCACAGCACACAGCAGCAACGUGACUAAUACCACCUGCAUUGUGUCCCACCCAGCUGGGAACCAGAGCAAGUCCAUAGCCUGUCACCCCUCAAAGAACAGCUUUAUCCUGCCUGUCUCCAUCAUCACUGGUGUCCUGAGCAUUAUCACCGUCAUGGCUGUCAUUUACUAUUUUAAGCUCCACAGAGACAGACUGUGCCACAAAACCAAAGCUCCCGAGACUGCUCCUACACAUUCCCCACAGGAUGACACAAUGGAAGUGGAACCUUAUACUACUUAUGUGCAGAAGGAAAACGUAAUUUACAACUCAGUGUCUGACCUGACAACAGAGCAGAAUCUUCCACAAGGACUGUCGCCAGCAACAUGA